AUGGGCCGACGCAAGCCAACUCUUUCUAAACACGCAAUACUUUUUACUGAUGAACGUGUUAUUGUAGGUGUCGAUGAUCUUGUGUUAUUAUCAUCCGUGAGUGAAACGUCGAUCCUCGAGAAUUUAAAGAUGCGUCAUGCUGCCGAUGUUAUUUACUCGUACAUUGGCCACGUACUUGUAGUCGUAAAUCCAUAUAAAUGGCUAGAUAUUUAUGGUGAAGAAAGUAUGCGGUCGUAUAUGCACAAGGCACGUAUUGAUGUGGCACCACACGUGUUUGCUACGGCCGAAGAAACGUACCGUACAAUGCUAAGUGAAGAGGAUAAUCAGUGUGUCAUUAUCAGUGGAGAAAGUGGCGCUGGAAAGACGGAAGCUUCGAAGCAGAUUCAGAAUUAUAUUGCAGGGGUCAGUGGCAGCGGUGCUGGUGUGGAUAAAGUCAAGCGUACUUUUUUAGAAAGCAAUCCAUUGCUGGAAGCUUUUGGCAAUGCAAAGACACUACGGAAUAACAAUUCCAGUCGCUUUGGAAAGUAUUUCGAGCUCUUUUUUGACUCGGCGGGGCGACCACAAGGUGGUAAAGUAACAAAUUAUCUUUUAGAGAAAUCACGAGUUGUCAAACCAGGCAAAGGAGAGAGGAACUUUCAUAUUUUCUAUCAAGUGUUGGCUGGUCUACCCCCAACUGCAAAGCAGAAAAUGUACUUGGAUCGAGGUGGACCUGACAGUUUUCAGUAUCUAAAAGCUAGUGGAUGCUAUGAUGUAGACGAUGUAAACGAUGCACAGGAUUUUGAAGAGACCAUGGCGGCGAUGCAACAUGUCGGUAUCAAGCGCAAACAGAUUGAGCUGGUGAUCCAGACCUUGGCGGCGGUAUUGCAAAUUGGAAACGUGCAGUUUCAGUCCGAGACAGUGGGAGAUGCAGAGGGGUCUUCUGUGCGCGAUCGUGAGAGUUUGAAAAUUGCAUGUGAGCUACUUGGGCUAGAUGCCGUGCGUUUGGAGCACGCUCUGUGCUAUAAGCUGCUGCAGACAAUGGCACCCGGAGGCAAAAUUGAGUCGUACGAGGUACCUCAAAAUAUGAGCCAAGCGAAGGCGCAGCGCGACUCGAUCGCAAAGGCAGUGUACGACCGUCUAUUUGACUUUUUGGUGGAACGCGUGAAUCAUGCGCUCGAUAUUGAGAAGAAGGCGGAGAAACACGGUGAGAAUCUAGACAUUGACGACAUGACUAAGAUUGGCAUCCUUGACAUCUACGGUUUCGAAAUCUUUGACAAGAAUGGAUUUGAGCAGUUUUGUAUCAACUAUGUGAACGAAAAACUGCAGCAAAUCUUCAUUGAACUUACGCUAAAGAGCGAGCAGGAAGAAUAUGCACGCGAGGGCAUUGCAUGGGCACCGAUUCCGUUCUUCAACAACAAGGUCGUGUGCGAUUUGAUUGAAGCACGUCGUCCUACGCCUGGCAUUUUUCUUAUUCUGGAUGACACUGUCAAAACGAUGCACUCUCGCCAAGGAGACAGUGUGGACGCAAAUUUUCUGGAAAAGGUGGCGGGAAUCCACGGGUCGCACCCACAUUUCUCGAAACGUGGUAAGACUUUCGAAAUCAAGCAUUAUGCAGGUGACGUGCAGUAUAGUACUGAAGGCUUUGGAGAUUCCAACAAAGACUUUUUGAGCAAGGACAUCGCGCUCAUCAUAAGCGAGAGUUCCAACAAGCUCAUGCGUUACAUUUUUCCCGAAGAAAUCGACCUCAACGAUAAGCGCAUGGCCAAUACGGCCGGGUAUAAAAUACGAACACAAUGUGACGCGCUUGUGACUGCAUUGAUGGAUUGCACGCCGCACUACGUGCGGUGCAUCAAGUCCAACGACCAGAAGCAGGCGAACAAGAUAGAUGACCGUCGUGUAAUUCACCAGAUCAAGUAUUUGGGACUUCUUGAAAACGUUAAAGUUCGUCGCGCUGGUUACGCUUACCGUGGAGAUUACGGUCGUUUUGUCGAUCGCUUCCGACUACUAAGCAAGGAGACCUACCCGGAGUUCCGUGGGUCGGAUAAGAAGGGCACCCAAGCAGUGUUGCGUGCAGCCACAAAGUUACUUCCGCAGCUUGAAAAUGAGGUUCAACUUGGCAAAACGAUGGUGUUUAUUCAAACGCCAGAAAUCUUCUUUGAGCUCGAAAAAUUGCGCGAGAAAAAGCUGGGGUCGUUCGCGAUGCGAAUUCAAAAGGCGUGGAAGAAAUACUUUGGCCGCCGGCAUUUGCUGCAACUCAGCCAUGACAUCACGAAACUAUACACAUCCAAUAACAAGCAACGGCAGCGCGUGAGUAUCUACCGUCCGUUUGAUGGAGAUUAUCUACGCGAUAAUACUAUUCGUGAGGCGGUUAUGGCGAUUAUCCAGCACUACAAAGAUUCUGAAAAGAUUGUGUUUAUGGAUGAGAUUGAGAAGGUUUGCCCGAUGGCUGGAAUUUCGCCUGAAGGAUCUCCUGUUGCAGUGAUGGGACGAAUUUUCGUCAUCACGGAUCAAUUCGUAUACCUGAUGGAGAAACGUACGUGGCACCCCAUCCUGGACCCGAAGAGUACAUGGGUGCCACCGUUGGUGUACCUUCGUCGUCGCCUACAGUUGACAGCUAUUGAAGAGAUUACGAUGAGUACAUUAGCAGACCCGUACUUUGUCCUGAAAGUGCGUCAAGAACCGCUCCUUGUCGAGCCGAACAAGAGCAACUGGGUGGACAAUAAGUCUACGAUGGUGUGCAUGGCUACAGGAAAAAAGUUUGGGCUGUUUAAUCGACGACAUCAUUGUCGGUUCACCGGUAAGAUAUACUGCAGCGAUGUUUGCAAACAACUCGAAGUGGUGCCAGAUCUGGGAUUUUACACGCCAGUGCGCGUCUACGACAAGGUACUUGGGCUAAUGUGCACCGAGAUGCCUGAAGACCAGCUACUCUUGUCUGAGAAGAAAACUGAAAUUGCAGUCACGCUUGUAGAUGCAAUACGCUCUUUGGCAAAUGUCGCGACGCCGAUCAGUUUCAGUGAUUCCACUCGUCUCCGCCGGGCAGCGAGUGCCGGGCUGUCAAAAACACCCUUCCAGCACAUACAAUUUGUCUCAUCAGGACACGACAUAAUCAAAGGGGAUGCAAACAGUAUGCAGAUCCACGUCGCACCAGGUGUGCCUGACGAGUACAUUCGCAAGCGUCGGAAACGAGAGAAAGCACGUCGCAAAAAACUUGAAAAGCAGCGUGAAGAAGAACUGGCAAUUCGAGCGCAGCGUCAAGAGCAGCGCGGCCGCGAACGCGAGGCGGAGCGUUUGCGCCGCGUCGCUGAAAAGAAAGCCAAAAAGCAGGCCGAAAAGGAGGCACGGAAGCAUGCAUUGACGUUAAAAAAGUCUACCAAGGCAUCCAUGGAAUCAGCCCGCAAGUUUGGCGAAAACGUUCAAAGCACCGCUACAAACGGAAGCGGUGUUGGAGCCAACAGCGAAUUGGCUGCCAUACUUGCGCGUCGCAGGGGGGCAUAA